AUGCCCGUUGCUGUUGCGCCUCGAAAAUCGGGAGUUGCGAAACAGAGCGACGGCAGUCCUGACAAUGGGCGAAAGUGGCCAUGCGAUGCUCGAGGGAGCGUGAAACGUCUUCCAAAGACUGUAGCACUGUCUCCUGCCGGGAGCACUCCCCCCCGGCCGGCCAGAGCCGAACGUUCCGCACCCUUCGAGACGGUAGCAACUUCGCCACCCAGCAUCGAAGAAACUAUGGGCGACCUGCGGCUGGGCGCUUUGGAGUCGGCUUGUCUCACGCUUCUCUCACUAUUUGCCAUUCCUCUUCAGCUCAUUUUGAGUCUGCCCAAUCCUGACAGCCGUCCUGGCACCAUCCCCCGGGGGCCCCUCGAGUGGGGGCAUGGCCCUCAGCUUGAGCCAGCUCCCCAGACAAAGCAUCUGGUCUGGGACUCGCAGCUCGAUAUGAAUAAGGGAAAAAAGGUCGAGGUUUUUAGCGUCGAAACAGGGGAUGUCGUCUACACUAUAAGCGAACUCCCCCACGACUAUCGCACCACGAUCAUCUCCAACGGACAGGGUAUGGAACUCCUGCGAUUUCAACUCAAGAAAACAGCAACGUGGGAUCAUGCGUUCGUAUACCACACAUCCUCAGCUGUGAGCUAUGAGAUCCAUCCGAGGGGGAAGGCUACCGAUCGCUGGUAUAUGCACGUACAGGGAGAUAACCCUGAAACUUUGAAAUAUUACCGCGGUCAUUCAGCAAACACUGGAAAUGUCUACUUGCGUGACACUAAAUUAGCUGCCUUCCAAUUCAACAGCACCCAGCAGAUAGACAAAAGCAAGAUGAAACCGGGUGCUUUGAAAGGUGUGCAAACCGUGGUCUCAUAUCAAAUUGUCGAACCGUCAGAUGUUCCAGUGCAUUACUUCGUUGGGCUAUGGUGUCUGGUCAAGAGAAGAAUUGACCACUAUGGCGUGUAA